UGGGCGCAGGCGGGCCGACUCAAGGCAGCUCGGUGGCGUGUGAGCCAAGUGGGGAUGCAGCGAUGUGUUCGUGGGCCCUUGUCCUCGGUUGUCGCGAAUAAGAGCUGGUCCCAAACCCCGCGGAGAGUGGUCUACAGAGAGUAGGUGGGAAUCCGAGAACUCCGCAUCAGUUAUGCCUACAAGGGGUUUGGGGCGAAAUCCGCUUAUCUGAGGAAAGCUGAGGGUUUGGGCAUCGUCUGUGGACCAGAGUGCAAAGCCAGAUCUAGCCAGCUGGUAACCAUGAGUGAAUGGACGAAGAAAAGCCCCUUAGAAUGGGAAGACUACGUUUAUAAAGAAGUCAGAGUGAUAGCCAGUGAGAAGAAGGAGUAUAAAGGAUGGCUUUUAACUACAGACCCAGUCUCUGCCAACAUUGUCCUCGUGAACUUCCUUGAAGAUGGCAGCUUGUCUGUGACUGGAAUUAUGGGACACUCUGUGCAGACGGUGGAAACGGUGAGUGAAGCGGACCCCAGAGUAAAGGAGCAGCUGGUGCAUCUGUUCACAUCUGGAGAUUGUAAAGGGUACAGCCCCGAGGAUCUGGAAAAGAGAAAGAGCAGCCUAAAGAAGUGGCUGGAGAAGAACCACAUCCCUGUCACCGAGCAGGGAGAUGCACAAAGGACUCUCUGUGUGGCUGGGGUCCUGACUAUUGACCCACCAUAUGCUCCAGAAAAUUGCAGCAGCUCCAAUGAGAUCAUUCUGUCCCGCAUUCAGGAUCUUAUUCAAGGCCACCUUUCAGCUUCCCAGUGAGAGGCCGGGCACUGUGAAUGCACUGAUCCAAAUGACUUCACUGUUUGGUUUUGUGUUAAAUGCUUAGAAUGUGAGUUGAUGGUGUUAUAGGAGUUCAGAAGCACAUGUGGGAGGUGUGUGUGUGUGUGUGUGUGUGUGUGUGUGUGUGUGUGUGUGUGCAUACGUUAAGUUUUUGCCUAGGGCAAAUCAGAUGAGUAGACCCUGAGUGCUGACUUUCCUGGGAAGGGAAGGGUACAUGAAGAGCAUGAAGGAGCCUUUCUUUGAUGAGGAUAAGCCAUUCUUUUCGUAAAGCAAGAGUACAUUUUGAAUAGGUGUGGCAAUGUGAAAUCAUUUAUAAAUUUCAAUAUACGAUACUAAGGUAAAAUCAGUCUUGGGUCCCUUGGACUAACCGAAUCUCUGUGUUCUUAAAAUGUUGGUCUUUGAGGUUGAUAACAAUAGCAGUAACUCUUUGGAUUAGAGUAAACUGUGGUUUGGCUGUGGCUUGUGCCUCCCUACAGUUCUUGUGAUAGGAAUUUCUAACUUUAGGAGAUGAGACAUAGGGCUGGAGAGAUGGCUUAGCAGUUAGGAUUACUAGCUGUUCUUCCA